CGGACCAUAGCAACAGGAAACCUUAGUAUAAAAAGCUGUGUCGAAGGGGGAACCCUCCUAAGUGUCUCUCAGCUACAGCAUGACCAGGACCGAGAGCCUGAGAGUGUGGACUUAACAAAACAAUGCCCAGCCUAAUCGUCGAACCACUCAACACACAGCACUUCAUCAUGGACAGAGAUGACAGGAAGAGAAACAAGAACAUUGGAAAGAACUUUAUGUGCCGACUCCAGUGCAUGUUCUCACACUCGUCAAGCUCUGAGAGCAGGCUAAGUUUAGAAGAUACCCAACAAUGGUCACAGUCACUGGAAAGGCUUCUGGAUUCUAAAUAUGGGCUGGCCACUUUUCGUAGCUUUCUGAAAUCUGAAUACAGCGAUGAGAAUAUUGAGUUUUGGCUCACCUGUGAGGACUACAAGAAGAUCAAGUCUUCUUUCAGAAUGUCCUCGAGGGCCAAGAAGAUUUAUGAGCAGUUCAUCAAAGCAGAAUCUCCUAAAGAGAUCAACAUUGACUAUCACACUCGAGAGCAGAUCAAAAGGAACGUCAAGACUCCCACCAUGCACUGCUUUGACGACGCUCAGAAGAUAGUUUACGGGCUGAUGGAAAGAGACUCAUACCCGCGGUUCCUCCGCUCUGACAUUUAUAGAACUCUCCUGGAAAGCCUCGCCACCGAAGCUACGAAAGGAUGAAAACGCAGUUGACGGGAAAGAGAAAGGACAUUAAACCCAUAACUGGAAUGUUUGAGCUCUUUCAGGAGAAAGGACUAACCCAACAAAUAAGGAAGGAACGUCAAUCAGCACACCACACAAGACAAUAUCAGAGGCCUUACACCUUGGCAUCUUCACUAGAUCCAGACUCAAACUGUGCCUUAUAGUCCCACUAUGGGGGAGGAUUUCCAUACUGAUCACCGCACAUCUGAGGACUCUAUAAGAAGAAGACAAAUAACAUGACCAGCCACCAUGUUUGCACUGGGUGUGUACGUAGGUAAAUUGACUUCUUCUGACAAUGAAUGAAUCAGCAGGCGACUCUGACGCCCGCUCUGAUCGUGGGGCUGCGUAAGCAAAUCAUGCAAUGGGCAGCCUUUGUCCUUCUUUGCAGAGGUGUUUCCUGUGCAAAUAGAGGAUGUAAGAUGCAACAGCCAUACUCAAUUAGUUGCGUAUGUAUGAGUGUGUGUGUGUGUGUGUGUGAGAGAGAGAGAGAAGCAGUAUUUAGUUGUUGCAUUUAUUGUCCACUGACACAGAAUAAGCUGUCACAAAAAGAGUUGGCCAAUUAUCCGGUGACAGCGCAAAGGAAGACAACAAAUCCAUAAUGGACAGAAGACUCAAUAGUAAUAUGUCAUCGUCAGUAAAGGGUUGCAGAAGGCCACUUAAGCAAGAGGCAUUCUGGGACACUUUAAAAGGAAAUUUCUCUUUCUUUCUUCUUUUUUUGUUCUUUUUUUUUUUUUAUAGAUUGGACCGAUGGGGUUUUGAAAACUGAUGCUGAUAUGUUUUAGAUUUAGGCUGCCUAAUAGAGGAUCAUUUCUGCCAAUCUUCAAUAUCUUUAAAGUCAGUGACUAGUCUUAAUGUCAUUCCUCACCACUGACUACUGGCCAUAUAAGUCUAAAUCAAAUCCUUACAGCACUGAAAUGUCAUGAGUUGUGAUUUUAUGUAAUAAACCAGUUGAGUGGAAUUAUUAUAGAGAUAGGAUGUUUCACAUUGCAUGACAGGAUGUUAAAACUCAAUGUAUACCCUCAGAAUAGGCCUUAUUACUGCUUUCCAAAGCACAUUGUUUGAAUGUAUUCUCCGUGAGUUCAUAGUUAACUUAAAAAGAUAAACAAUGUAUUAUUUAUUGUUAUUUGUCACCUUUUGAGUACAAAGUUUGUUGCAGUGUUGAAGUGCUUGUUAAAAUAUUAGUGAUUUGAAUGACAUUAAAUUAUUUAAAUUGCC